UCUCGGUUGUGCUUUCUGUCAAGAAAAACCAAUACAGAUACAAAGCCGAGCAACAUAAUUCAUAAAGUCGGUGAGAAUAAAAAAGUUGAGCCAAACUAUGGAUCCUUCCUUCCUUCAAGCUCUAAAUUCGGACAUGUUGCUUCAAUCUCCACGAAGUUUGCUUGAAUGUUUCUCGUCAAAUAAUAAGCUUUUUCUCGACCCAGAUUUCCUUUCAUUCGACGACAUUCUACACCCCAAAAGCUUGUCUCCUCCUCCACAGAGCACCUCUCUUUCUUAUAAUGAUUGGUCAACCGAAUCAUCAGACUCUGCUUCCUGUGGAUUGUAUCAUUCCAGGUCCAAGAAACGAGAAGAAAAAGAAGAACCAAACAAGGAAAAAUCAUAUAGAGGUGUUAGGAAGCGACCGUGGGGGAAAUUCGCGGCGGAGAUAAGGGAUUCAACUAGGCGUGGCGUGCGGGUUUGGCUUGGAACGUUCGACAGUGCAGAGGCAGCUGCUUUAGCUUAUGAUCAAGCAGCUUUAUCGACACAGGGUCACAAAGCAGUGCUCAAUUUUCCCACUGAAACAGUCCGAGAAUCUCUUCGAAACAUGAAUUACCACUGCCAGGAAGGUACCUCACCAGCCAUUGAACUAAAGCAGAGGAAUUAUUUACAAAGGAAAUCGUUGGCCAAGCAAAACAAAAAGCAGCAGUCCUUGCAGGCAAAGAAUAAUGUGGUGGUGUUGGAAGAUUUGGGAUCUGAUUACUUAGAGCAACUUUUGACCACGUCUCAAACUGCUAGCUCUUGGUAAAAAAAUAAAAUAAAGUACAACAGCCAUCAUAAAAUUUGUUUCUUCCUUUUCUUUUUCUUUUUUUUUCACCAUUAUCAAAUAAACGUCUCAAACUGCUAGCUCUUGGUAAAAAAAUAAUUGCCAUGGUAGAUGUAAUCUCAUGCGGGCUUUCUCCGGCAGGUGCGCUCUGUUUUAUUUCAGUUCAAAU